AUGACGUUAAAUAUCUUUCGCGUGCUGGCGUCCAUCUUUAUCUUGCUGCAUAAGAUCGUGCAGUUGAAGAGCUGCUCAGGCAUCUCGUUCAAAUCGCAGAUGUUGUAUCUGCUUGUCUACAUCACACGAUAUCUUGACCUCCCCUGGACCAGAUCCUCCUACAACUUCAUCUUCAAAGUCCUCUUCAUCUCCUCGCAAUGCUACAUCAUCUACCUGAUGGCGCGCGCCUACAAGCCAACCAACGACCCCAACCUCGACACCUUCCGCGUAGAAUUCCUUCUCGGCUUCGCCUUUAUCCUGGCCAUCCUCUUCCCCGUGCAGUACACCUUCCUCGAAAUCGCCUGGGCCUUCAGCAUUUGGCUCGAGAGCGUCGCCAUUUUGCCGCAGCUGUUCAUGCUGCAGCGGACCGGUGAAGCAGAGGCCAUUACCGCGCACUAUCUGUUUGCAUUGGGAACUUACAGGGCGCUGUAUAUCCCGAAUUGGAUUUAUAGGUAUUAUACGGAGGGGCCGAGGAAGGUGGAUACCAUCGCCGUUGUAGCGGGCGUGCUACAGACUCUGUUGUAUAGCGAUUUCUUUUGGAUUUAUUAUACGAAGGUUGUGCGCGGGGAGAAGUUUAAGUUGCCUGUUUAA